AUGGAAAGCAAAGGGGAAGUCUCAUCAACCGGACAGGUAAGCCGUGUGGAUGUAAAAUUUGCUUACUUGACGAGCGAGAGAUAUGGGUCCGUCUUUGUUCCUCCGUCUGCAGCUCUUCCAAAACGCUGUCAAAAUCCAGAUCUGACGCUCUAUUACAAGGCUGGCGACAUUGUUCAUUUUACGGCAGUACCUCAACAGGGCAAAAAUAAUUGCAAGUGGUUAGCUACAAAAUUCAAUUUCUUUCGGAUGUCAUAA